UAUUGUACGCGAUACUAUUGUAUCGCGUAAUAUUCCCUCACGUGAUAGAUACGCGGAGUGUUUUAACGCCCAUGAAAUUGAUAUCAAUAACAAUAUUAAAUAUCCAAUAACAUUUUUAUAUCGAUUAAUAAAGGGCGUAAAACAGAAUUCUAUCCAGUUGAAAUUUAUUUCGCGUGAAAAUAACUUCUGAUGUACCUAUCUUUAUUUAUUAUAUUAUCAAUCAAACAUGAGAGUAUUUGUAAUACUUUGCAUGAUUUACACUGUCUACGGCGCGAAAGUUAAACCUGUCGAAUCCAAAUGUGAAGGUGUCAUGAUAGAAAAAAAGUGUCAUAAACAUGAAGUAAUUUCAAACGGAAUAAAUAGACCAUACCACCUGUCAUAUUUUAAUCACUCAGUAUUCUUCAGUUACAAUGCGGGCGAUGACGAUCAGGAUACGUUCGAAAUAGGAUAUGUGAAAUUUGGCCAUAAGGUGCCGAUAGCCAUAAAUUCAACAAAAAAUGGAUUCGCUAUUGCUAUCGACAAGUUAAACAAAAUAGCUUACUUUGGAGGCAGCGAAGGGAUAUACGAACAUGAUCUAACAAAACCAGGUGAAAUCAAACACAUAAUAAUAAAACAUGAUAUCUGGCACAUGUUCUAUAAACACCAUCUCUAUUUUAUUGAAUACCCGUCACAGCGCCUACAUAAAAAAGUAGGUAAUGAUACCGAACUCGUCGAACAUAUUACUGAGAAGAUAUAUCAAUUUGCUAUCGACGACCAUCAAAAUACUUAUAUUACCACCAAGAAAGGUCUUUAUGAAAUCAAAAAUGGAACUACAGAACGUAUUUUACUCAAAGGACCAAAAGUUUACAGAGCCAUAGUUAUAAAUAAUAAAGGUGUUCCAUAUUUUUGUAGCCAAAGUGGAAUUUACAUUAAAGAAGAACACACUUUGAAAGAAAUUGUUCAUGUAAAAAAUAUAUUCGGUUUGGCUUUCGAUGCGGAAGAUAACUUCAUAUAUUCAAAUCCACAUGAAAUUGUUAGAUUAUUACCAGAACCAAAUAAAAAAAUGUGAAAUAAAUUCGUUAUGUUAUACAA